AUGCUGCCGCGUUUGCGUCUGCACACUGUCACACCCUCGCACGAAUUUCUUCCUCACUGGACAAAACGCGGCAACAGUGGGCCCGAGACCACAACCAGCUUGAGUGUGUUCGCUGCGGUCCUCUCGAGAGGCCGUGUUGUGCGGCUUGACGCCUUUCCACACUGCUGGGCCGGUUCGUGGCUGCGCACACGACCCCCCUGGGCGCUCAGCCAAUGA